UUAACACUUGUUAUUCAUGUUCGCUUAAAGAGAGAAGUAAAGCUGUUAAGCAUGGCACCCUUUUUUAGGGAUGCGUCGAAAUUCUGGCAGACUGGAAUAGUCGUAUGUGUUUUACUUUUUGUUUCAGAUGCAUGUUCAUCGGGGAGUUAUUAUGAUUGUCCGGCGUGGCCAAGUUGUUCUAAGAGUUGCGGCGGUGGUGAAAGAUGCCGAACAUGCACAUCAUGUGUCAGAGGAAAUGACACAACUUUCUGUGAAACAUGCAAUGCUUUUUGUUUGAAUGGUGGCGAGCUUCUUCGUGGAUUGUGCAAUUGUCAACUUUGGCGAUCAGGGGAUUGCUGUGAGCACUGCAACCCAAUCGCAAUCGACCACUGUCUACCCGGAAAACAAGAAUGUGGUGGUUACCCCGAUAGAAUCCGGUGCACCCAAUGUGAAUACGGCUACAUACCUGGUGGUUACGGAAAAGGCUGCAUAGAAACCAAGAACGCAAUUCCUGUCCUGGAAAGAACAGGUUUAAACAAAAUGAGUCGUUUUAUUGCGGAUGUUGACGGUAUCGAGGAUUUUGCAAACAAUUACCAUUCGGCGCUAACGCAGUAUACACAGCUCCUCGCAUAUGACGCAAAUAUUCGUUUAAGCGGAGUACAGAACAGAUUCACGGCUGCUCAACGUGAUUUAUCUGCUGCUCAAAGCUGGCUUGAAAAUAAAAAAUCAGCCGUAAGUUCAGCAAAUGCUGCUUUUGACAACGCAGUGCGAGCACUGGAAGUUGCAAAAGUAAAACUUGAGGAAGCAAAAAAACCUUUUCAAAAUGCACUUGAUGCAUUAGAAGAGGCUCAACAAAAUGUCGAUCGGCUUUGUAAAAUUAAAACAUGCGCCAAUGUAUGUGUUCCAGGAAUACAUUGUAGUAUUUGCUCGAAGAAAGUGUGGUUUGUAACAAUAUACUAUCCAUGCUGUUCAUUUACGAGCUGUAUGUUUUCUAUUCCUGACCCGAUAUGUGCUGCCGAAAACGGUUUUUGUUAUGUACUGCGUGGAAUAGCCUAUGCAGCUCUAGAGGUUGCUCAACUUGCAUUGCGUGUACCGAUGCUCGUACUCGAUGCAGCAAAAACGGCUGUGUCUGCUGCACAGGUACUUGUAGAUAAAUCUCGCUUUGUUCUGGACAUUGCUAAGGUUGCUCUGUCUAUGGCAAAUGUUGCUUUAGAAAGUGCCAAUACUAUUUUAGAAGACGCAAAGAUAGCUCUUGAAGCGGUAAAGGCAGUUGUUCGACUCGGAUUUAUGGCCCUGAAUUUUGUAAUAAAAUACAGUUUGCAAUCGUUGUUUGUGGUCAGGAAUUGCCGCUAUGAAAUAGGUUCAACGAAGGAUUUUCCAAUAUUUUAUGUCCAGUGUGAAAUGAAUGCAUUCAAUGCUGGUUUCGAAACAAUUCAUAUGAACAUUAAUUUUAAUGAUCCCAUACAAAGUAUCUGGAAUGCCGCAAAAGGAACAAUCGAAAUGACACUAAACAAGAUGGACAACCUGUUUACUGGAACACAAAGGCGUGAAAUACUGGAUAAAACAGUUGCUGGUCUUUACAAAGCGAUGCGAUUCGUUCGCAAUUCAGAAGUAGACGAUGCGCAUUUUGAAAUCUUUGCAAAUAAAACGUUAAAUGAAAUUUUUUUAAGAUACGAAAAGCCCCAAUAUAAGUCGGCUGAGUAUAAUUUAAGGAAACAGUUGUUUACUGAAAAAUGCAUAAUGUUCUCAAGUAUUCAUCGGUUUUUCUACGACACGACAAUCACACUGUUGGAAUUGGUACACGACACUGCAGCUUCAAUAAAGAAUAUGACCUCACUCAAAAUAUCCCUACGAACCUUUAAUACUCACGCUAUGUCAGACAAUGUAUCGUCCGCAAGUAUUGGUAUUGACCAAAAGGUUGCCCAAGACGAAUUCAACAUGAGCAUUUCCGAUAUGGAGAAAGCUAUUGACGGAGCAAGAGAAAAUAUUGCAACAAAUCAACUUUUGGCUAACAUAGCUGCAUUUGCAGAUGAUGCUUGGACGUUUGUGGACAAUGAAGCUGAUGGUGCGAACAAAAUUAUGAUUGUUAACCAAUGGAUUGCUGCCAUGAACAAUGUCACGGUGGAAUAUUUUGACAAUGAAACGUGCGCUUCAUUUCUAGACUGCGCUCAUUUUGCCAUAGCAACAUUGUACGAACAGUAUAUGGCUGUAAAUGUCACAAACCAAACUGAAAGCCUCGAUUAUAUAUCGAACUUUGAAGAACUUUUCAUACUUUUAGUCGGCAACAGUUCCCAUACUAUUGAAGAUGUAGAUUCGAUGUCGAUAACUUUAUUAACAACACUGCGACAGAUAAACGAACACGGUGUGUUCUGUUCAAAAGCUCCCGAAAUGCUACAGCCUCUUCAAAAUCGAACUGUAAAGACGAGCGAGAAAAUAUAUCUAGUUUGUAAUGCAACAGGCGACCCAAAGCCCCUGUUUUGGUGGUACAAGGACAGACAUAUUAUGUCAGAUCAACAUUCAAUGACCUUGACCAUUUUAAAUGCAACGAUCGACGACGCUGGGGCGUACCAUUGUGUUGCUGGAAAUCUGGUUGCGAAUUAUUCUUUUGACGAAGCAUCCGUGACGGUAUUGGAGAAUGUAUUUUACAAUACCGACGACAGAACCACGCUUUUCACUACCAUUACUACAGCGGUUAUUGUUGACGAUGAGACAUCUGAAGAUCAAGAUGACAGUGUGAAUAUGGACUAUGCUAAUGAAAAGAAGACAGGUGUUGAGCUUGAAGUUGUAAUACUUUCGGCACUGCUGGGAUUAGCUUUCAUAUGUGUUGCCGUUGGAGUUUUAGUUUGGAGACACUAUAUAAGUAUCCGUGCAAGAACAGACAAGCUAAGCCAGCCUAAACAUAGUUCAUUCAACGGAUGCGAAGCCAAUAAUUGCCCAUGAGAUACGAAUUGAAAUAUCUUACGUGACACUCCUAAAAUAUAAAUGUAUACUGAAGUGUUAUUGUGAUAUGUUAUAUUUAAAGAGUACAUUUUG